GAGCAUGCAGAGUAUGUGACUACAAGUGCUCCCGUAGGCAUGCAUUCACAGGUGUGUCCGCCACAGCCCUUCCCCGCCGGCGGUGCGCCCAGCCAGUUUUGGCGUGGUGUUGAUGGCGGCGGUCGACGGGUGAUGCUGGUUGCCGCAGCGACGCCACCGACUGGUGGCACGACGCUGAGCAGUCCCGGACCCAGUCCGUCAACUCCUCUCAGCCACCGACACUCACCCACUAACGCCCGCUCAGCUCCUGUUUCCCCCGCGCCCGCCCCUCCUACACCGCCUCCUCCCCCUCCAACUCGAAAUGUUGUCCAGCGCCAUCAGCCGCAGCAACAGCCUCUAAUGCAUUUCACUCAUCAACCUGGUUCUGUUGCCACGACCACGCACUCCAUGGCACCGGACUUCCGGAACCGCCCGACACCCUGCACUUCACAGGAACCUCCGUCUGGAAUGGGUCCCAGACAGAGUUCGCUUCCUCGUCCCGAUCGUUCGUCAAAUUCUUCACCCGACGACUACGCCCCGCCGUCCCUGCCACCCAGGCAAGCGCGUCUUUUGCUUUUCUCCAUGCCUGUCGUCUACCAUUUCACUGCGAAAAGGCGUCACCCGCCUCCUCCGCCCCCCAGAAGUGGCAGUGGUUUGUGCCCGUCGCAACCAACGCACUCGUGUCUCUCACCCGACCAACGCCGCUACGCCUCCACUCCGCCGUCGUCGUCGUCUUCGUCACUCCAUCGUCCCUCACCGCCGCAGCGUUCGCUGGGAGACAACCGAGCACCAGUCCCUUUGAUACCGCCUACUGUGUCUCCGCAUCGACCCUCUGAGUGUCCCUCAGAUUGUUUUGACGUGGAAGUCACGAAUAGCCUGUUGCGACUGUUGUUCGCUCGCUUUGUCGAUGGCAACGACGUCACGGCGCCAGACCUACGCAGGGUCGUAGCGCACUUGGUGCAGAUCGCUCACACGGAGAUCUUCAUCCAACCUCCGAGUCUACAGGCUCCUCAGCGGUGUCUGGAGGCGACGAUGGGACCUGGUGGCGGGUUGCUGGAAAAGAUGGAAGUCUCCUUAUACGACCAACAGUCAGCUUCGUUGUCAAGCCAUCUCCACAAGGGUAUGCAGCGACGCAGUCGCAAUUCCGUUUCGUUAGUGUCUGCUAUUUCAGCAAAAGUGUUCAGGGCCGACCUCGACGUUGUGACCUCAGUGACAGACAUGCAGGAUACUGACGAUGCCGUCGACGAAACCGCCUCUACCUCGUCGUCUUCCGAGUCUCCGAAUUCCAGUGACGACGAAGUCGAGGAGGGAGGUGAUUACGAUGUCUACGAAGAUGAUAUACGAGGUCUGACGGGGACACCUAGCACACAGCAAGCCCCCGCCGGUGGUGUCGCGCUGUCCGCGCCAGAAGCAUCCAACGCUCACACUGGAACAACGCCGACGACACACCCGACUACCACCCUCCUGACCGUGGCGGAACUGCAUGCCCUUCCGCAGAACACCACCAUCAAGUGCCUCAAAGCAUCUGCCAUGGAGGCACUCAUCACCCUCAUUUCCACCUACCAACUGGACCCUGCUCUGCGUCGGCGCGACCUCGACAUCGCCCAACUGCUCUCGCGGAUCCAGGCCUACACGAUGACCCAGAGCGAGCGUGUGAUGGCGGCGCGAUCGGCGCGACGCGGCGGAGAGGGUCGGCUCUCGCCCGACGACGGACACCGCGUCGCCCCCACCCACGUCCCCGUGCCCGAGGUCGCUGCUCUCGUGCGUCUCUCCUUCCACACCAACCAUCGCCAGGCCAUCUGCGACCUGGGUGAGUGCAAACUGAGCUACUCAUACAAAUCUGGUUCUACCGCCAUUACGAGUAACCGGGAAGUCCAUGUUUCUGCAGGUGGUCUCCACGCUUUGCUGAGCCUCCUUCGUUGGGAGCACGCCUGGUGGCAAAUCCACUCAGAGGAGGGCCACGGCAACUCCCUCGCCAUCCCCACCAACACCUCUCAAGUCCACUCAACAACGCCUCCAAACAGUGCUGGUCUGGGGACCGCGCCUCUGGACCAGUCGGCGGGCGGGGAGAGGGUUGAUGGCGUCUCCCCUGGAGCCACCAUGACCACGGCAGAAGCCAGCCUUGCCCUGCGACGCUACAUCUGCGUGGCUCUCACCAAUCUCACAUUCGGCUCUCCACCAAACAAAGCCUUCGUGUGCAAACGACGCAGCCAUCUCGAGGCGCUCAUCGCCCAGCUUGAAGUUGGCAGCGAAGAGCUUAAACAGGCACCAAACAGUCGAUCACUGAUUGGUUCUUUUGAAGGUCGCGGCAAGCGUGUUGCGCAAUUUGAGCUGGCACACGGACGCGCGCAGCAAGGCGGCCCUCCGAAGGGCCCAGGCGGCGACCCGCCUCACCCGGGCCGUGCUCUCGGCGCAGCGCGAGCCCACCCUGCGCACCACCCUCAACGCCCUCUGGAACCUCUCGUCGCACUCCACCGCCAACAAAAAGGCCGUGUGCAGGUGCGUGACCCCCCACUCUACCCUAACCUCUGCCCCCUCCCUCCUCCCGCACAGACCGGGGUUGAAACUCUAGGCGACGCCAGAAACCCUAGCCGACACCAGUUUGGCCCCGUUUGUGUCAACGGGACUCUCGCUUUCCUAGUGUCAACAUUGGACGUGAAAAAUCCCAACAAAGACGUCGAAAUCAAGGCCAACAGCGGUGGGGUUCUGCGUAACCUUUGUCCCGUCAUUGUCAACAGUCUGGAAUACAGGGCCGUCUUGCGAACUCACAACUGUUGCGCAAUCCUUCUCGAGCAACUGCGGACAUCGCCCAGCGUGACGGUCGUUGUGAAUGUCUGCGAGGUGCUGGGUGCGCUCUCGGCGACACCCCUGCGCGACGCCAAGCCCAGCUCGGCCCUGCUCUACGAAUCCGCCUCUACCGACCAGGCCCUCAUGAUCAGGCUGGGCGCCUUGGACAUCCUCCAUCGCCUCGCGCACUCCCGCCAUCGCUACGUCGUGAGUAGCUCCAAACAGGCCCUUGAGAAUCUCGAGCGCGCGCAUGUUCUGAUGAAGACCCAACGCAUUGUUCCCUACCCCGCCAACACGGAUUUCUCCACCUUCACGCCCUCCACCACCGCCACGGGAAGUCCUGUGACGAGCAACCAGUCGUCUGGCUCCAGUUCUCCUGCCUCCCCGGCAGAACAAGUUUACCGCCGGCGGAUGAGCAAUCGAUCGCACCUCCGAUUUGGCCUUCUAUCCGUCGUUCUAGAGACGAAUGACGAUUUCGAAGAGGAGGAGGAGGACGACGACGAUGAUGAUGACAAUGAGGCUUCAAGUAACGAGGAGGAGGAGGAAGUUGAUAGUGUUCAAGAAGAAGAACGAAGCACAGAGUGUUCAUCGAAGGCUUCAGAGGCUGGUGGUGAGGAGGAGGCGGAAUUCAAGCUGCCUGAGUAUCCUCAUGCGCCGGACGAUCACAUCGACCCGUCGGCGGACAAGUCUCCACCGCCGCCGCCGCCACCACCUCCCCCUCCUCCUCCGGCGUAUGCUCAGACGUCUGUGGAGGAAGAAGAGCAGGCGUGUGUGUAUGCGGACGAGGGCACCCCAUUUGGACCGUCUGCUCGCACCUCGAUUCUUGACCUCCGGUCACCUCCAAAGCAUGAGCCUUCAACACUGGUGUAUGAUAACUUCAUAACACCACCUCGGCGGUCUCUACACCCCUACGUGAAUGUGGACAUGCCACAAAAAGGAACACUUCCCAAGCAGGUGGCCUCCAGUGGAGUCUCCUCUCCUACUUCCUCAAAUGCCGCUGUCCUUGAAACUCCGAUGAUGUUCUCGAGGGCAACGUCAUCCUGCAUCUCAUCGGUGGACUUGGGCCCACUUCCGCCCAUCGAGUCGUCCCCAGAGAGUGUUUAUUCCACAACCGAAGACGAUGAGGUGGACGCUGACGAUGAAAUCGCCCUGGGCACCAGCCCGAGUGAUCUUCCACCCUCGAUUACGACAGUCCAUAAAAAGCCGAAACCGGUGGUCACCGAAGAUAAGAUCGGUGUUGUCGAGGAGGAAACUCAAAUAAUGUUCGCCGAGGAAGGCUCGCCUCUUGAUAGCAAUUCUCUGAGCGGUGAUCGUGAACCCUCAGUUCCACCGCCGAUCUGGGGAGCUCCAGAACCCACGAACGAUGUCGUCCAGUCCUCACACAAGAUCCUCCAGCAGUGCAUCGCAUCUGUCAUGCCCAGUGCCGCGCCGUCAGCCCCAGCGCCUGUCGCCUACGUGAGUGACGGUGGGAAUGUAUUCUCGGUGGCAGCCGCCGCAACCACCACCGAGGACACGAUCCAGUCCUUUGCUGUCGAGGGCACGCCCUUCGCCUUUUCGACAAAGAACAGUUCUUUCAGCGACGUGUCAAUAACCGACCCCGAGGCCGUGCCACGCACCUCGGCUUCCUCGGGUAUUUCCAAAUCGGCGUCUCCAGCACAGUCCAUAGUGAAGGCGGAUGCCUACGCCUGUUCGGAGGACGCGAGCUCCGUCAACGAGGUGGAGGAAGAGGGCUCGGUGAAUCUGCUCUCCGAGGUGAUCCAGUCGGCGCUGCCGAAGCAGGGCAGGUUCCCGACAACGCUGAAUGACAACGACGGCGACAGCGAGAAUCCCUCAAUGUCUCCCCUCAGCAAAUGCGUUGUAAGCAAGCUGGCCGCGCCUCGAAUCGGCUUCGGGCAUUCCGCGCAUCAGAGAAGGCCCCAGGCCACUGUAGCACCGAUGCCCCAACGAACCGCCGAGGACUCACAGCCGACGAGCGAGGCUAUCAAGUCAGAAGGCAAACAGACCAGCGAUAGCGAAGCCGACAAUUCCUCGUUCUCGUCGCUCCUAAGCAUCGAGUCUGUUGGUGUUGAGACGAGUCUUCUUCAGCAACUCCCCGUGUGCUUAUUUUUUCGCCAAAUCCAGGAGUGUAUUUCCUCAGCAAUGCCAACACCCAAACUGCCGAUUUCGACCUCCUGCCGUGGAAUCGGUGGGGUCAAGGCCGCUGGUCAUUUGCAGCAGCACAUCGCUUACGCUGCGCCAGCGGCUCCCGCGACCGCACCACUCACGACCCCCGUCUCGCCACAGUCCCAGUCGCCGUGUCCACACGAGGCCCCGCCGGACGCCAAACACCUCCACCAGGCCCUGCAGCCGACGCGCCAGACGCCCUCCAGCGGUGGAAGCAACCUCCGUCGGGCUGGACAUUUUUUAGCUCAUGGUUCCGGCACUGCAAGCGUUCGCAGCAACAGCAGGCCGGAGCAGCAGAUCAGAGACGCCGCCACCACCACCACUGCCGACAGCCGCAGCCACAGUCGCCUGGUCCAGGCGACGACGACGACGACGAAGAAGACCACGAGGCCUGCUGCGACAAGUCCAACGGGGCCAGCGCUAAGGCCUCCUCGUCCAGUGUCUGGCAUCGCCUCACGAGGCACUAAGUUUGCCGCCAACAACAACAACCUCGGCCUCGCCACACCAACUGCAGCGCACACAAACCGAUUUAUUUGCGCCUCCGUCUUUUCAGUGCUGAAGCCCUUCGAGUUGGGCCAGAGGGCAAGUGACGAGGAGUACUUUCCGCUACCCCCUCCAACAGGGAACUUUGAUGCUGAUGACGAUUCCGCUACUUUGGUUGGCGACAGCAGUCCUCCGCGGAGUCCAUCACCACCACCGUCGCCUCCUCCGGCUGUCGCGAAUGGAAAACGAGUUGAUGCCCCAUGCGAGGAUCAGGAUGACGAACCGCUGGAUCUCGAGGCGCUAAUGAGCCAACCAAGUGACGGCUUCGAUUUAGACGAUGCUGCUGAGCAGAAGAUCUCGAAAGAAAUUAGGCCUACGUCAGCUCCGGUAAAUUCUGCUCCAGGAGACACGAAGGUCCCUGAAAAGAACUUGACUGACACAUCCGGCUCAAAAUCCCAAGCCUCGAGCGGUCAACUCGCGAGGCUUAGCUCGGGAAUGAUAAAACCGCCCUCGAAUCUCCGAAAGCCUGUCACGGCGUUGCCAUCGCGUUCACGAUCGACACCAGCCCCGUCUUCCGCCUCUUCCUCCACACCUGCUCCACUUCAGCCACUGCAAUCGGCUUCAACUUCUUCCAUUUUGCGUCCUCCACCAGUUGCGGCAAGCGGCCUUCCGCAGCCGGUCGGUUCGACAACGCGGACGCCAGCCGGCGCGACUGACGCGGUGAAGCCCUCGGGUUUGGCCCAGCCCCGCUACGUGUCUCCGCAGGCGGCACGAGCCACCUCCGUCGGCUCGCGAGAGGCUCGCCGGCCCGCGUCCGCCCAGCCCAACCCCCACGCCGCGUCACCUGCCAGCUUCGCACCACAGCGAGCCACCAGACCGGUCUCUGGUGAGUUGAAGGCGGUCGCCACCAAUCGAAGCGGGCUGAAGGCCCCCUCCGGCAGCGUGGGGGCUGUCAACAGGACGGCGUCGGCUAAGAAGGCACAGUCGCAGCCUGUGGCGAUAAGGACGGGCGCGAAGAGUGAGGCGCUUGUGGAGGAACGACAGCACUUGAGGGUGCUAGAGGAGGUGAAGGGAGUAAGAGGGGGAGGAGGAGGCGGGUGCCGCGCAACGCUCAGCGGCACUGGACUGACCAGAACAAAUGUCAGUGGGAUGGGGCGAAUUACGGUGAUUAAGCCGCGUGUGGGAGAGCUUCUCACUCCAAGUUCAAGAGGGUCUUCUGCGUCGGGCGAGCAAUACGAGGUGGUCGAGCGUUGCCAUGCAGCAGCAGCAGCACCGGGCGCCACGCGACCCGUCGGUGUCGAUCGCGCGUGUCCCCCCAAGUCGGCCAAUCCACCGCGGACCGCCGCGCCCGCCACCCGUCUCAGACAGGGCCCGCCACCUCCGCCCUCGGAGCUCAGCGGUCCGCCUCAUGCGACACCUCCUGCCCCCUCCGCUUCCAGACCGUCGUCCGGUCUCAAACCGCCUGGGUUCUCCUCGUCCUCCCUCCCCGGGACCCUCAGAUCCCCGCAAACACGCACCUCCAAGGCGUCACCUUCAGCGCACCUGGCUGCCGCCGACCAGUGGAUAGUCCGUCGGGAACUCACCAGCUAA